AUGGCGGAUGCACCUCUGUACAAGCAGCGCCGCAGGUACCUGAGGGAGCUCCACAAUGUUGACCUACACGACAACCACAAGCUCAACGUCGUUUGCACAAGAAAGGGUAUAGACGUGCACAAGAUGUUGUCCAUGCUUAGGAGGAACCUCGGCGGAAUUCCCGUGAAACUAGUCGGCGAUGAUGUCGAGUACACGCACUACGUGAAGCCACAGCGGGCAGUAGUGCUCCAGCUAUGCGUAGAACAAGAGUGCCUUGUCUACCACAUCUCUGCAGCUAAAGACAUGCCAAUGGAACUGGACAAAUUCCACAUGAAUGAUGAAUUCACCUUCGCCGGAUUUGCUAUUGAAGGAGACAAAGACAAGCUGCAGCUAUCUUGCUUGGAGAUCAACUCCGACAACUAUAUUGAUAUUCAGGUGGAAUGGAGAGACCCGUACAAGAAAAAGAAAUCUGACUCUUUGGCAGAUGUUGCCGGAAGGCUGAUCGUCAUUCACUACUAUGACAUGAAGAACAAAAUCAACUGCAAGGAAGACCAUACUCUGUGGGGGUUUUGCCCGCUACUAGACAAGCUUAUCAAGUAUGCAGCAAUAGAUGCAUUCGCAACCUACGAGUCAUGGAGAAUCAUCUACGAUGUCAUAAUGGUGCUAGACAGGACAAAAAGAGAAAAAGAAGCAAAGAAGAACAAGGCUGUAAUCCCAUACAUCAACUAG